AGAGAGAGAGAGAGAGAGACACACACACACACACAGUUUUCUCAGAAAGAGCGAGAGAAUGCUUUGUUUACAUAGGCAGCCCACCAUGACCAGCACAAACAAGGUGUGAGGGUACACACACACACACACACACACACGUGCGCGCGUGCGCACGCAUACACGUUUUUUGGAGGGAAGGCUGAAGAUCGAGAGCGAAAGGCAGAAGCAGUGCACUUUGCUCAGGAGAGAAGAAAGAAGCGUGAACAGGUCUGUACAGGAGGACGAAAGAGCAAAAGCGUCGAAAGAAGAGAGGAACAGUCUGUUCUUUCUUCGUCUUUUUUUUUUCUCUUCCUCUGUGCGAAGAAAGGAAAUUGGAGAAGAGUUUUCGAAGAGACGGCAUGGCGCACCUUAGUGCACUCGGAUGAAAGGCAUGCAAACUGUGGACGAUUCGUGACUAAACCUGCUCUAAACCUGGGACUCGUGGAAACUUUGAUCGACGUGGAACUCUGUCCUGAAGUGUCUUGAAGUUCUCCACCUGGCUGGGCUUCGCUUCUCUUCAGCUUCAUUCGGCAGCUGGCUGGCCGAGUCCUAGCAUGCCCUGAACCCUCGCUGUCUUUUACCGGAGCUGGUUUUUCGUAUCAGGAUCGAGUCAGUGCGUUAGUGUGAAAGGAAGGAAGGAAAAAACGAGAUAGAGAGAUGGAUUACGGGCGCUUGGAGAGGGAGCCUUGUCUCUCUCCCGCCGCCUUCGUUAACCAGGUGCAGUACUCGAACAUCCUGGAGGGCCGUUUCAAACAACUGCAAGAUGAGCGAGAAGCUGUACAGAAGAAGACCUUCACCAAAUGGGUGAACUCUCACCUGGGUCGUGUGACGUGCCGGAUCAGCGACCUGUACACAGACCUGCGCGAUGGACGAAUGCUCAUCCGCCUGUUGGAGGUGCUCUCCUCCGAACAACUGCCCAAGCCCACUAAAGGUCGGAUGAGAAUCCACUGUCUGGAGAAUGUGGAUAAAGCUCUGCAGUUCCUCAAGGAGCAGAAGGUCCAUCUGGAGAACAUGGGCUCUCACGAUAUUGUUGAUGGUAACCACCGCCUCACACUCGGCCUCAUCUGGACCAUCAUCCUGCGCUUCCAGAUUCAGGACAUCAGCGUGGAGACAGAGGACAACAAGGAGAAGAAAUCCGCCAAAGACGCCUUACUGCUGUGGUGCCAGAUGAAGACAGCAGGGUACCCGAAUGUCAAUGUGCACAAUUUCACCACCAGCUGGAGAGACGGCCUGGCGUUCAACGCCAUCGUGCACAAACACAGGCCGGACCUGAUCGAGUUCGACACGCUGAAGCGAUCUAACGCUCACUACAACCUGCAGAACGCCUUCAACAUCGCAGAGAAGGAGAUGGGGCUUACCAAACUGCUGGAUCCUGAGGAUGUGAACGUGGAUCAGCCGGAUGAGAAGUCAAUCAUCACUUACGUGGCCACGUAUUACCACUACUUCAGCAAGAUGAAGGCACUUGCCGUGGAGGGCAAACGUAUUGGCAAGGUGCUGGAUUACGCGAUCGAGGCGGACCAGCUGAUCGAGAAGUACGAAACGUUGGCCUCAGAGCUUCUGCAGUGGAUCGAGCAGACCAUCGGCACGCUCAACGACCGGCAGCUCGCCAACUCGCUGAACGGCGUGCAGAACCAGCUGCAGGCCUUCAAUACCUACCGUACUGUGGAGAAACCACCCAAGUUCACAGAGAAGGGGAAUUUGGAGGUUCUCCUGUUCACCAUCCAGAGCAAAAUGAGGGCCAACAACCAGAAAGUCUACAUGCCUCGAGAGGGAAAACUCAUUUCUGACAUCAACAAGGCAUGGGAACGUCUGGAGAAGGCAGAGCAUGAGCGCGAGCUGGCUCUGAGGAACGAGCUGAUCCGGCAGGAGAAGCUAGAGAUGCUGGCGGCGCGCUUCGACCGCAAAGCCGCCAUGAGGGAGACGUGGCUCAGCGAGAACCAGCGGCUUGUCUCGCAGGACAACUUCGGUUACGACUUGGGCGCAGUGGAAGCGGCGACACGCAAGCACGAGGCCAUCGAGACGGACAUCGGGGCUUAUGGUGAGCGAGUGGCUGCCGUGGAAGCCGUGGCCCACGAGCUCGAAGCCGAGUCAUACCACGACGUGCGGCGCGUCCUGGCGCGCCGGGACAACGUGCUACGCCUGUGGGAGUACCUGAAGGAGCUGCUCGCUGCCAGACGCGAACGACUCGCAGCACAUCGCGACCUGCAGAGGCUUCUGCAGGAAAUGAGACACAUUAUGGACUGGAUGGAGGACAUGAAGGGUCGUCUGCAGUCCCAAGACAGCGGGAAACACCUUCACGACGUGGACGACUUGCUUCAGAAACACACACUGGUGGAGGCUGACAUCUCAGCGCAGGCGGAAAGGAUCCGGGGAGUGCAGGCCGCAGCGAAUCGCUUCACCUCAGAAGAGAUGAUCUAUAAGCCGUGCGAGCCGGCGCUGGUGGAGGAGAAGGUGGAGCUCCUGGGCCAGGCGUAUGAUGAGCUGGGCAGGCUGGCAGCCGAGCGAAGGAGACAGCUGGAGGAGUCGCGGCGCCUCUGGCAGCUGCUGUGGGAGCUCGGGGAGGAGGCAGCAUGGAUGCGUGAACAGGAGCAGAUCAUGGCGACAGAGGAGUGCGGGAAGGACCUAACCUCUGCCCUGCUGCUCCUCUCGAAGCACGAGGCAUUCCGGGAUGAGAUGGCUGCCCGGUACUGCCCGCUGGGGAACAGCAUCGCAUCUGGGGAACAGCUGGUAAAGGAGGGGCACUGUGGGGCACCUGAGAUAACGGAGAGGAUCAAAGAGAUCAAAGCUCAGUGGGCCCGACUAGAGGAGGCAUCUCGUUUGCGAGAGCAGCGUCUGAAGGAGUCUGUAGCUUUCCAUCAGUUUCAGACCGAUGCCAACGACAUGGAGGUCUGGCUCCAGGAGGCUUUUAGACAGGUGUCCAGCCAGGAGGUCGGCCACGAUGAGUAUUCAACACAGACAUUGGCACGAAAGCAGAAGGAGGUAGAGGAGGAGAUCCAGAGCCAUCGCUCUCUCAUCGAUUCACUCCAUGAGCAGGCUCAGUCACUGCCUUCAGAAUACGACCAGUCUCCACAGGUGGAGGGUCGUCUCCCUGCCAUAGAGCAGCGCUAUGAGGAGUUAAAAUCUCUGUCCUCAGCACGGCGCAACGCCCUGGAGGGGGCUCUGGCUUUGUACCGGAUGUUCAGCGAGGCCGACGCCUGCCAGCUGUGGAUCGGAGAGAAGGAGCAGUGGCUCCUCACCAUGGAGAUCCCCUCCAAACUCGAAGACCUGGAGGUGGUCCAGCAAAGGUUCGAGACUCUAGAGCCGGAGAUGAAUAAUAUUGGCUCUCGCAUCGCAGACGUCAAUCAGGUCGCCGAGCAGCUGCUCAAAUCCGACAACUGCAACAAGGAACAAAUUAACCAGACUCAGGACCAACUAAAUAACAGGUGGCAUGAGUUCCAGCGCCUGGCAGAUGAGAGGAAGCAGGCUCUGGAAUCAGCCCUUAACCUUCAGAACUACCAUUUGGAGUGUAAUGAGCUCAAGAGCUGGAUGAAGGAGAAGACAAAAGUGAUAGAGUCCACUCAGGGUCUCGGUAAUGACCUGGCCGGGGUCAUGGCCCUACAGCGCAAGCUCACCGGAAUGGAGAAAGACCUGGAGGCCAUACAGGGAAAGCUGGGUGCUCAGCGAGCCGAGUCCGAGAAGCUGGCAUCCGAGCACCCCGAGCAGGCCGAGGAGAUUCAAGCAGGGCUGGCUGACAUGGAGGAGGUGUGGGAGGAGCUGUGCAGCACCAUGAAGAAGCGCGAAGAGGGUCUGGGUGAGGCCUCCAAGCUGCAGGGCUUCCUGCGUCACCUCGAUGACUUCCAGGCCUGGCUCUCUCGCACCCAGACCGCUGUAGCCUCCGAGGACACACCCACCUCGCUCGCCGAAGCAGAGCAGCUCCUGGGUCAGCACGAAGCCAUCAAGAAUGAGAUAGACAACUACCGCGAUGACUACGAGAGGAUCAAGGCCACUGGGGCAGAAGUGACUCAGGGCCAGACGGACGCUCAGCACAUGUUCCUGGCUCAGCGGUUGCAGGCUCUAGACACGGGCUGGCAGGAUCUACGCAGGAUGUGGGAGAGCAGACAGUGCGUGCUGGCCCAAGCCUUCGACUUUCAGACCUUCCUCAGAGACGCCAAGCAGGCUGAGAGCUUCCUCAACAGCCAGGAGUAUGUUUUAUCGCAUACUGAGAUGCCAUCGAGUUUGCAAGGGGCACUGGAGGCCAUCAAGAAGCAUGAGGACUUCCUCACCACCAUGGAGGCCAGCGAUGAAAAGAUCAACGGCGUGGUGGAGUCGGGGCGGCGCCUCGUGUCCGACGGGAAUGCCAACGGCGACAAGAUCCAGGAGAAAGCAGACUCCAUUGAGGAGAGGCAUCAGAAGAACAAACAGGCCGCAAAUGAGCUGCUGGGUAAACUUAAGGAUAACAGAGAGCUACAGCACUUCCUCCAGGAUGGGCAGGAGCUAACUCUGUGGAUAAAUGAGAAGAUGUUGACAGCUCAGGACAUGACAUACGAUGAGGCCAGGAACCUGCACAGCAAGUGGCAGAAGCACCAGGCCUUCAUGGCUGAGCUGGCCUCCAACAAGGACUGGCUGGACAAAAUCGAUAAGGAGGGUCAGGCUUUAGUAAAGGAGAAGCCCGAGCUAGAGGAGAUCGUGUCUGAGACCCUGCUUGAGCUUCAGAAGCAGUGGGAAUUGUUGGAGACCACCACGCAGACCAAAGCGCAGUGUCUGUUUGACGCUAACCGCGCCGAGCUGUUCACCCAGAGCUGCUCGGCUCUAGACACGUGGCUGCAGAACCUCUCCUCACAGCUGCAGAGCGAUGACUUCGGCAAGGACCUGACCAGCGUCAACAUCAUGCUCAAGAAACACCAGAUGCUGGAGCAUCAGAUGGACGUACGGGAGAAGGAGGUUCAGGCUCUGCAGUCACAAGCCCUGGCCCUGUCACAGGAGGACGCAGGCAUCGUGGAGUUGGACGGCCAGCAGAGGAGAGUAACAGACACCUUUUCUCAGCUCCAGGAGCCUCUCAAUCGGAGAAGAAAACACCUGCUUGCAUCUAAAGAGGCCCACCAGUUCAACCGAGACUUGGAGGACGAGAUACUGUGGGUGAAAGAGAGAAUGCCACUGGCUACCUCCACAGAUCACGGCAAAGACCUGCCCAGCGUUCAGCUGCUCAUCAAAAAGAACCAGACCCUGCAAAAGGAGAUCCAGGGCCAUCAGCCUCGCAUUGACGAUCUGCAGACCCACGGACGUAACAUGGCCCCCGGGCCGGAGUCAGAGGUGGAUGGAGAGCGGCAGGCGGCGCUUGAGGAGCGUCUGAAGGAGCUCGGGGAGUUGUGGGCGUGGCUUAUUUCCGAGACGGAGCAGAGACACACACGCCUCCUGGAGGCCCAUCGAGCUCAGCAGUUUUAUGCCGACGCUGCCGAGGCUGAGGCCUGGAUGGGAGAGCAGGAGCUGCACAUGAUGUCCGAAGAGAAGGCCAAGGAUGAACAAAGCGCUCUGGUCAUGGUGAAGAAGCACCAGAUCUUGGAGCAGGCGCUGGAGGAUUACGCUCAGACCAUUCACCAGCUGGCCAAUAGCAGCAGACUCAUGGUGGAUGGUGAACAUCCUGAGAGUGAGCGGAUCGCGCUGAGGCAAGCUCAGGUGGACAAGCUGUACGCCGGACUGAAAGACCUGGCCGAGGAGAGGAGGGGGAAACUGCAGGAGAGACUGCGUCUCACGCAGCUGAAGCGAGAAGUUGAUGACCUGGAGCAGUGGAUCGCCGAGAGGGAGGUGGUCGCCGGAUCGCACGAGCUAGGCCAGGACUAUGAGCACGUCACAAUGCUGCGAGAUCGUUUCCGGGAGUUCGCGCGGGACACGAGCGCGAUCGGACAGGAGCGCGUGGAUGCCGUGAACGCCCAGGCGGACGCUCUGAUCGAGUCCGGUCACCCGGAGAAUGCCAGCGUGGCCGAGUGGAAGGACGGCCUGAACGAGGCCUGGGCUGACCUGCUGGAGCUCAUGGACACGCGCACGCAGAUGCUGGCCGCGUCGUACGAGCUGCAGCGCUUCCAGCAGGAUGCUCGCGAGGCGCUGGCGCGUGUCCGCAACAAAAGAGAGGCACUGAACUCUGCCGAUCUGGGCCGCGACCUCAACACCGUGCAGCACCUCCACCGGCAGCAUACGACCUACGAGCACGACGUGCAUGCUCUCAGCGGACAGGUCACUCAGGUGCAGGACGACGCCUCGCGUCUGCAGAAAGCGUACGCAGGAGAAAAGGCAGACGACAUCCAUCGCCACGAACGCGCUGUCACCGAGGCGUGGGAGGGGCUUCUGGCUGCCACUCAAGACAGGCGGCUGCUGCUAUUGGACACGGUGGAGAAGUUCCGUUUCUUUAACAUGGUCCGAGAUCUGAUGCUGUGGAUGGACGGCAUUAACUUGCAGAUACAGUCUCAUGACAGCCCCAGGGACGUGUCGUCGGCCGGACUCGUCAUUGCCAAUCACCAGGACAUUAAAGCAGAGAUCGAGGCCAGAUCUGGCAGCUUCACCGCCUGCACUGACAUGGGACAUGCCCUCAUCAACAACAACCAUUACGCUUCAGACGAGAUCCGAGAGAAACUGGAGCAGCUUCAGGAAAAGAGAGAUGAAAUCACUCAGAAGUGGCAGGACAAAAUGGACCACCUGCAGAUUGUUCUUGAGGUGCUGCAGUUCAGCAGGGACGCCUCGGUAGCAGAGUCCUGGUUGGCUGGUCAGGAGCCUCUGGUGCGUGCGGCUGAACUCGGCUGCAACGUGGACGAGGUGGAAAGUCUCAUCAAACGCCACGAAGCCUUCGAGAAGCUCGCUGCUGGCUGGGAGGAACGUUUCACUCUGCUGGAGAAGCUCACCACGCUUGAGGAACAAGAGAUUCAGAGAAGGAAGGAAGAAGAGGAGAAAGCCCGAAGACCUCCUACACCUCCCCCCGCUGAGGAAGUGGUACAGUCCGAGGCUGAAUAUGAGUCCGGAGCAAGGACAAGUUUGGACCAGACCACAUUGAACCAAUCAGUGUCUGUUAACGGCGUGCACAGUGACCAGGACACGUCACAGUCCUUAUCGGUCUCGGUUACCGAGCUUUCGAACACGAAGCCUAAGCCUCUUACUAAAGCCAGCUCUAAGCCUGUGCCCAAAGCCUACAAGGCACAGCAGCGUGGCUCUGAGGCGGAUUCGGUGAACGGUCCCGGUCAGGACAGCGGGUUGGACACGGCGUCUCGACACGAGCCCUCCGGUACGCUGCCUAGCCGAGUCGAGGCGUCUGCUGAGGCCAUGGAAGGACUGCUGUGCAGGAAGCAGGAAAUGGAAAGCCAGGGCAAGAAAGCAGCCAACAGAUCGUGGCAGAACGUGUACUGCGUGCUGAGGAAGGGGAGUCUGGGCUUCUACAAGGACAACAAGAGCGCGUCGAACGGCAUCCCCUACCACGGAGAAGUUCCCAUCAGCCUCGGCGAGGCCACCUGUGAGGUCGCUCACGACUACAAGAAGAGAAAACACGUCUUCAAGUUGAAGUUGGGAGAUGGAAAGGAGUUCCUGUUCCAAGCCAAGGAUGAAGCGGAGAUGAGUUCCUGGAUCAGUGCGAUUCACUCCUCCAUGGCAGCGAGUAAUGCUGACAUUGACCUCUCCCCGGGUCCGCCCCUGACCCGCGCCAUGACGAUGCCCCCGAUGUCCCCGAUGUCCCCGAACGAGGGUGAGGGCGGAGGCGUGACCAUGCGCAACAAAGAAGGCAAAGAGAAAGACAGAGAGAAACGCUUCAGCUUCUUCGGCAAGAAGAAGUAAACGAGGAGAAAGGAAUGGAGGGAAAAACGUGGCGUCGGCGUGCGGUGCGGACUGCGUGAGACCUGAGGACUGCGGCGCCCUCUAGCGUCACAUAGCUAUCCACCUUUUCUCCUUUGUCUCUCACUGUCUAUCACCGUCUCUCUCUGUCUCUCCCUCUCUCACUGCCAUCCCUUCUGUAAUGUUGCCUCGCCUCCUGAAGGACCGCCCACACCUCUGCUGAUUGGACGGCUCGAUCCGAACACUCGCUCCUGGAGAUUCAGGGCCUUUUUCCCCAUAAUGCAACACUUCCAGAGUUUUCCUUCCAUCCUUCCUUCCUUCAGUCUUUACAUUCGAUUCCUUAUUGUGAAGUACCAGUAUCGCCUUUUCUUUCUUUCUUUUUUCCAUUCUUUCCUUCUCUCUUUUAACGUUCUUAGAUAAUAUUUCUCAUCUUUGGUAUUAUUUAAAUAUUUGCCAUUGCGGUUUGGCUCGUGCUGGUUUAGAGCCGCAAAAACCUCCACACACACACACACACACACACACACACACACGCACACGUCUAGAACCCAGUUAUGAAGAGUUUUAGAAUAGAACCCGGGUUCUAGAUUUCUACAAUUGUGAUAUGAUUUUUUUCUCAUAUUAUAAAUAGUUCAGUUUUAGACUUUUUUUUUUUUUUUUUUUUGAAGUGUGCAGGAGAUGAAUAUUCAGAAACACAAAACUAAAAAAUAUCUGGAAACGGUUUGGGAUUCAUUUUCCCUCCCUAACGAUUUCACAUUGUUGAACAAAUUUUUCCUUUUUCUGUUUUUUUUUUCUUCUUCCAUCUCGAUCGAUCGCAUGCUCGCACUAGAACGUGAAAUGGAUCACGGGAUGGGAUUUUUUUUUUCGUUUUAUAGUCGUAAAUUUUGGGGCAUUCUGGAAAAAUCGCACGUCUUUGUAGGAAUUUUUGAGGAUCGACAAGAAACACUGGACGAAAAACGUAAGCGAAUCUACUGUCCUCCCCCCUCCCCCACUCCUUUCCCCCCCUUCUCGUUUUAACGUGGACCAAAAUCCAUUUCUGAACCUUGAACAUCAAUCAAAUUGCUUACCCACGAUUUAAACUAAACACGGUGUACAGCAAGGACGGGAAGAAAUGAGGGGUGAAAAAGGGGGCGUGGCUUAACCGAGUGAUACUAUUUUUGCAUUUGUACACAGGAGAGCAUGGUGUGUGUGUGUGUGUGUGUGUGUGUGUGUGUGUGUGUGUGUGUGUGUUGCAUUUACCAGGUGUAGCAUGAACACAGUAUUUUUGUAGGCGGAGACGCUUGGUUUUCGUCGGGCCUCGUCCUAAUUGCGAGCUUUUGCCUUUUUUUUUGGACGUGUUUGUGAUUUUAAGAAGAAAGUUUUUAUUUCGGUGACGUACGAUGAAGCCCCUUCCUCAGAGAGGAUGGUGAAUUAAGGAGGAGGGGGGUGGAGUAUCGUAACAACAGCAAGAACCAACAGCAAGAGAGAACCAACAGAAAAACCCACAGCGGGCAACGAAACCAAGCCAAGAAACAAAUAGUAGUAAUAAGGCAUGUGCCAAUAAUCAGUUAUGCAAUAUAUCGUGAUGUUUCAGCACAUAUACGUAUUAAACCGUUAUUGUGGACGAAUCGAAACGAAGUUACAAUUGUACGCAGUUUUUACAGACCACGUAAAGGGCGGAUCCAGUGACACGAAUACAUCAGUAUCAGCAAAAGCACACACUGGUCCUCACCUCUGGCUCACGUCGGCCAAUCGGUUUCCAGAUCACAGACUCUUCUCAAGUAGCUGAAACCUCAGUAGCGCAUUUCCACGAACUUACCACACGAAACCCCCGCUUUCGCGAAUACGACCAGAAAUAAGCCAAUUUCCUUUUUUUUUCGCUUUAUUUCCCCUUCAGGACUCCCAAAUAUUUUCCUCUUCUCUUCAGCCAAAAAGUUUGGAGUGACAAGUCAAUAUUGAUCACAAUUUGUCGAUCACCAAACUCCGCCCCCUCCCACGUGUAGCUGGUUACCCUCUUCCCCUGGAAUUCAAUGGGAAAUUCUCAGGGGAGGGGGUCCUUGAUUUUUAUGUUUGUUUUUUUUUUUGCCAACAUUAAAAUUGGCCUGAAACACGACAAUGACAUCAUCACAUUGCUGCGUGCACAAGGUCAUUAAAAAAAAGGUUGUAAUAGUUAUCAUUUUAAUAAACUCUUCAAAUUGGUCUCAAACGAA